AUGCCACGGGCAUGUGCUGCUUGGGGUCCGUUGCUGCUGCUGCAGCAGCAGCAACAAGAGCAGCAGCACCAGCAUCGUGGCGGAGGCGGAGGUGGAAGCGGAGGCGGUGGCAGCAGCGGCGGCAGCAGCAGCAGCAGCAGCACGCUGCUGCAGCAAACGCAGCUGCAGCACGACCAUGACGUCAACAUCAAGCUUUCCCAGUUAGAACAGAACACGACGCUGCAGCAGCAGCAGCAACUGCAGCAACUGCAGCAACUGCAACAACUGCAGCAGCUGCAGCAGCAGCAGCAACAGUGCCAGCAGCCACGGCGCUUUGUUUUUAGCAGCGAUUCAUUUGUAAGCAGCAGCAGCAGCAGCAACAGCAGCAGCAGCAGCAGCAGCAAGACCAACAACACCUUCGGGGUUUGCUCUGUAGGAGUUGCUGUUACACUACAAGAACAAACCCAGCAGCAGCAGCAGCAGCAGCAGCAGCAAGGGCAGCAGCACGAGACGGCUGCCCAGUUUGCACUAGCUGCAACAACAGCAACAGCAACAGCAGCAGCAGCAACAGCGGCGGCGGCGGCAGCAGCAGCAGCAGCUGAUGGUCCAGUGAGUUGCUGCAGCAGGCCUAGUGAUGCCUGCAGCGAGUUCAGCAGCAGCAGCAGCCGCAGCAGGUGCAGCAGCAGCAGCAGCAGCAACAUUAGCUGCCGCACUGUUGAGCAUUUGCCAUGGGUGGGGGUUACAACUGUUAAGGAGUAUGCCUCCUACCGCAUGCAGCAGCGGCAGCAGCAGCAGCAACAGCAGCAGCAGCAGCAGCAGCAGCAGGUGCAGCACCAGCAGCAGCAGCAGGUGCAGCAUCAGCAGCAGCAGGACGGGCCUAGCUACUCUCAUUUGUCUGAUCCAACAGCACCAUCACCUGCAGCAGCUGCAGCACCAACAGCAGCAGCAGCAGCAGCACCAGCAGCACCAGCAGCAGGAGAUACAGAUACAAGCUCCCCUGCGAGAGAUGCAAACUGUCCUGGUGCUGCUGCUGUUGCUGCUGCUGCGGCAGCAGCAGCACCAACAGCAGCACCAGACACAUUUAGAGCACCAACAGCAGCAACAGCAGCAACAGCAGCAACAGCAGCAGCAACAACUCCGGCACCAACAGCAGCACUAGUCCCGCGAACUGCAGCAGAAAUAACAGCAACAGCAGCAGCAACAACAACAACAGCAGCAGCAACAGCAGCAGCAGCAACAGCAGCAGCAGCAGCAGGUGCUCGAAGUUCUUCAUUGAUGCGAAACAUUUUUAGUGCGCGAAUUAUCUGUGAGGAAACCUUCAGCAGCAGCAGCAGCAGCAGCAGCAGCAGCAGCAGGUAUGCAAGCAGCUACAGCAGCUGCAGCAGCUGCAGCAGCAGCCUUCGUGAGGCAUUACACUUCCGCAUGCAACCCAGUAUAACAGCAGCACAGCAGCAGCAGCAACAGCAACAGCAAAAGAAGAAGAAGAGCAAGGAGCAGAAGCAGCAGCAGCAGCAGCAACAGGAGCAGCAGCAGCAGCAGCAGCAGCAGCAGAAGCUAGACAGCAUCGCUUGCAAAGCAGCAGCUACCCCCAAGCUGCUGCAGCACUCCGCUGCAGCAGCAGCAGCAACAGCAGCAGCAGCAGCAGCUGACGGUGCUUAUGGAAGAGCCUCAAUCGGCAGCUGCUCUACUGCUGCAACGGGCGGUCUGCUGCUGCAGGCAGCAGCAGCAGCAGCAGGGGAAGCAGCAGCAGCAGGAGAGGAAGCAGCAGCAGCAGCAGCAGCAAAGUCUACUGCUGCUCCGUCUCCUUGCAGCGUCCGUGUCUUUGAUCUCAGCUGCAGCAACAACAGCUGCAGCAGCAACGGCAGCAGCAACAACAGCAGCAGCAACAACUGCAGCAGCAACAGCUGCACCAGCAACUGCAGCAAUGGCGUCGAGGCAAGACCCACUGCUGCUGCUGCUGCUGCUGCUGCUGCAGCUCCUGCUGCUGCAGUUGCUGCCAUCUCCCGACGUCCCCGCUUUAUUCGGCUGCGGCGUGCUGUCGCCGCUGCUGAGCAGCAGCAGCAGCAGCAGGAGUCUCAGCAGCAGCAGCAAGCCAUAUUGCCAGCUGCAGCAGACUCUGUAACAGCGGCUGCUUCUGUUGCAGCAGCAGCAGCAGCAGCAGCAGAAUCUCCUCUGCUUCCGCCACUACGUCCACGGGAACCUACUGCAGCAGCAGCAGCAGCAACAGCAGCAGCAGCAGCAGAUUCCGACAGCAGCACGUGUGAUGAUGAUACCCCGUCGCUGCUUGAGUGUCCCCUUCCUCCUCCCCAGCCAUCUCCCUGUCCUACUGCUGCAGCAGCAACAGCAGCAGCAACAGCAGCAGCAGCAACAGCAACACCACCAGCCGUAGCAGCAACAGCAGCAACAGCAGCAGAUCCACCCCUUUGCUUCAGCUUUUCAGGUCCAUAUGCUGCAGCAACAGAAGCAGUUGCUGCUGACACAGCAGCAACAGCAGCAGCAGCAACAGCAGCACCUGCUGCUG